AUGGAGAGAACAUGGACGACUGUGGAUGUUGAGGUGACUGGACUGGAGUCCCACCCAUCCAGCACCACUCUGCACCCCACCCUUCCACCAUUUUCCACUCCCCUGCCAUCAAUCGCCAGUGUGCUGCCAACCAACUCAGUGAACUCACGCCCUCUCCCCUCCCCGAACCCCCCUCUGUCCGCCCAUACCCCUCCACCUUUUUCCGCCCUCUUCCCCCUAAUGCGCACCCUUCUCCCCCCCUUUCCCACCACUGCUUGGGCAGCUCAUUACCAGGCCCACGGAAGAGGCGGCCCACGUUGGUGGCGUGGUGGCCCUGGUGACCUCUUUCUUUCUCCCCCUCCUUCCCCCUCCCCCCUGACGCUACCACUACACCUCACCACUGGGGGGGUAAGAAGCAUAGCAGCAGCAGCUGCAGCAGCAGAGGAAGGCUAUUACGACGGCAGUGCUUCAGCCAAGUCCAAGAGUGCCUCUGGGGGUGCUGCUGGCGGUGGCGGUGCGUUCUCCGACAGUGGAAUCCUGGCUCUCAUCUCGGGCAAAUUCGGCUCCUCUGCAGCAGACGACAAGCACAAGGCGUUCAAGAAUCUAGAUGCCGAAGCCACAGCCAAAACCGGCCUGCUCAUAGCGCGCAUAUUCACCCUCCUCCACGACAAGCACAAGGCGUUCAAGAAUCUGGACGCUGAAGCCACAGCAAAAACCGGUCUCUUUGGAGCGCGCAUCUUCUCUCUGGCUGAGCUUCGCCGAGCCACCGAGGAUUUCGCCUCGGGGAACCUCAUCGGGCAGGGCGGGUUCGGGAAGGUCUACCGAGCCACGCUCGGAGGCUCGGCAGGCGACGGCGGCGGCGACUCCGCAGGCUCGGCGCCCGCCGUGCCUGGGUUCGAGGUCGCUGUGAAGAGGCUCGGGUCCGGGUCGCAGCAGGGGGCUUCUGAGUUUCUGACUGAGGUGCAGCUGCUGAGCCGGCUGCAUCAUAAGAAUUUGGUCAACCUGAUAGGGUACUGUGAUGAGGACCCGAAUCAGCUCAUCCUGGUGUAUGAAUAUGCUCCUAACGGCACCCUCAAGGAUUACCUCAGAGACGUGGUGCGCGUGAAGUCCCUCUCCUGGGAGCGCCGCCUGCGCAUCGCCACCACGUCCGCCAAGGGCAUUGAGUACCUGCACAACGGGGCCUCUCCCUCCGUCAUCCACCGUGACAUCAAGACGUCCAACAUUCUUCUCGACUAUGCCUUCAACGCCAAGGUCGCUGAUUUCGGUCUCUCCAAGCUCGGCAAGAAGACCCCUGCCGCCAUGGCAAUGGGCGUGGAGGAGAAAUCAGCCAUGAGCCACAUCAGCACACGCGUCAAGGGCACCCUCGGCUACCUGGACCCCAUGUACUACACGAAGAAGCACCUCACCGAUAAGAGCGACGUGUUCAGCUUCGGAGUGGUGCUGCUGGAGCUGCUGCCCAUCCGUGCACCGCUCUUCACCGCUCUCCACCACUCUUCUCUCCCCCCAACCCCCCCACCCCCCCCACCAGGCUACCUGGACCCCAUGUACUACACGAAGCAGCACCUGACGGAUAAGAGCGACGUGUUCAGCUUCGGAGUGGUGCUGCUGGAGCUGCUCACAGGCCGCCUGCCCAUCUGGCAGGAGGACGAUGCUUCCGGGCUUCAGAACGGAGGGGAGAGCUUGAUUAACCUCGUGGAAUGGACGGAGCCGUUUCUCAAGUCGGGUCAGAUCCGUCCCAUAGUGGCGCCCACUCUCGACGUGGACCGGCACAUGCAGAGCCUCAUGAAGGUCGCUGACCUCGCCUACCGCUGCGUGCGCACGCAGCCCAAGAGCCGCCCCGCCAUGGCCGAGGUGGUCCGCGUUCUCGCAGAGGCCAAGGCCCUGCUUGAUGCCGAGGGUCCCACUCCCGCCUCCUCUGCUCUCCCGCUCCCCACCCCCUCUGCUGCUGCUGCUGCCGCCUCGAUUUCUUCCGGUGCUGGUUCUGCUGGUGGUUCUGCUGCUGGUGCUGGGAAUUCUCUGCUCGAGUCUUCCCUGAAAGUGGGGGAUGGGGAGUCGGCGUUGCUGAUGGAUGAGGCUGGGGAUGCUUUUGUACCCCCCCAUGCUUCUGUCUCUGCUGCUGCUGCGGCUGCGGUGGGAUCAGGUGGUGCGGGGGACUAUGCGAAUCCGUUCUCGAUUAGUGUCAUUUCGGAGUGA